AUGGGAAGGUUCCGGAUCCCGAUAGGGUCGGGAUUCUUUCUCCUGCUCUUGGCUACGAUUGCAGCAUACGAGUCUUCGAAGCAGUCCUACAGCAAUGAAGCAGCGGUCGCCUACAACAAAGGCAUUGAAUCAUCGAGGGGAGGAGAUCUGCACGCAGCAGAGGCCCGCUUCCGGGAGGCAAUCCGCUCCUCGCCCAAGUUCUUUGAGGCUUGGAUGGGGCUUGCGCAGCUCCUGCAGGACAGUGGAAGGGGCAGAGAAGCAGAAGAUUGCUACAGCAAGGCUGUGAAGCUCGUGCCCAACUCGGUGUCAGCUGUGAACGCGCUUGCAUUUAUCCACGUGGAGGCGGGAAGGCUGCAGGAGGCUGAGAAGAAGCUGAAACGAGUGAAGGAGAUGCUUCCUGCCUCUGCGUCUGCCCUGCUCAACCUUGGAGCGAUCCAAAGGCAGAUGGGGAAGCUGGACGAGGCGAUCAAGAGCUACGAAGCAGCGCGGAGGUUGGAACCAGACGAGGCUAAAGCAUCCUACAACCUUGGAAACGCUUACUACUCCAAGAGGGAGUACGAGAGGUCGAUCGCCAGCUACAUGCAGGCAAGCAGGCUGUCGCCGCAGCAUGUGGACACGUACAACAACAUGGCGAACGCGAUGAGAGACUCGGGGGACAAGCGGGGGGCUCGAGGGGUGCUGGAGACAGCGAUGAAGAUUGAUCCCAACAGUGUGGCCGUGCUGUGCAAUCUCGGAGUGCUGUACGCUGACCUGCAGGAGCUCGACAAGUCCUUGGAGGUCUUGAUGGCAAGCUCUGAGAGAGGCGGGUAG